AUGAUCGGUUAUCGAAUUAUUGUUUUACUUCUCACAACCAUUUGUUUAUCAAUGAUGAUGGCUAAUAUGCUUACAUUCAAUUUUUGCAUCAUUUGUAUAACUGCUGAUAAUUAUGAUUAUUUGGAAAGUAAUAUCGAAAUUGAUAAAUUAAACG